AUGUUAAGCCAUAUUCGUCGGUGCUUUAGUUUUUCCCAGAAACUUACAUUUACAGACCCAAAUGCUUUGAAAAUCCCGACCUUCCGUUGCAUUGAUGAGAAUGGCUUACCAUUAAAAGGAGCUGAAGUUUACAUAGACGCUGUUUCUAAGUCAUUACUGAUGGACAUAUACAAGACAAUGGUUGAGGUCCGAGAAUUUGACACAAUUUUCUACGAUCUCCAGCGCCAAGGCAAGGUUUCUUUCUAUAUGCAAAACACUGGUGAAGAAGGGCUACAAGCUGGCACAGCUGCAGCCUUAGAUAAAGAUGAUUGGAUUUGUCCACAAUAUAGAGAGCUCGGCUUAUUCUUCUGGCGAGGCUUCGAUAUCCAAUUAGCAAGCCACCAAAUGUACGGCAACAAAUUAGACCUAGGGGAAGGCAAACAAAUGCCAGUUCACUAUGGCUGCAAUGCUGCAAAAAUUCAACAUGUCAGUUCUCCACUUGCCACACAAAUUCCACAAGCUGCAGGAUUGGGAUAUGGGCUGAAAAUCAGAGGCGAACAAAACAUUUGUGUGUGCUUUUAUGGUGAAGGAGCAGCCAGUGAAGGGGAUGCUCAUGCUGGGUUAAACUUUGCGGCGACUACAAAAGCACAUACACUUUUCGUAUGCAGGAACAAUAAAUAUGCAAUAAGUACACCGAUAACGGAUCAGUUUGCAAGUGAUGGAAUUGCGCCUAGAGGAGUUGGAUAUGGGAUGCCAAGCAUCAGGGCUGAUGGAAAUGAUGUAUUUGCAGCUUAUAACGCAGUAAAAGAGUCAAGAAAAUUAGUUCUCAGCACACCUGGGCCGGUGUUAUUAGAAUUUAUGACUUAUAGAGUUGGCCAUCAUUCGACGUCUGAUGACUCUACCCGAUACCGCACAAAAGAGGAAAUUGAGUUUUAUAAGAAUGUGGAUAAUCCCAUUUUAAGGACUGAAAAGUUCAUGAUGCAUGCUGGAUGGCUUGAUUUUGACCCUGUUCAAUAUGCUAAAGAUGUAAGAGAACGAGUUUUGAAAGCCAAAACAGUCGCAGAACAUAUUGAGUUUCCGAAAUGGACAGUGAUGUUUUCCAAUGUAUAUGACAAGCUGACACCUGAGCUUGAAAGACAACAAGAAGAAAUGAAAAAACACUUGGAGAAGUAUGGGGACAAAUAUCAUAUUGAAAAGCAUGAGGCUGUAUAA